GUCCGAGGGAGCUGCCAAAGUGUAUAUAAGGAGAGAAAGGGGAAGUCGCUGAUGUGAAACCCACAGCAAGCAAAUACAUACCGAGGACCAGAGACGAAACGGAAUACCUUAAAUUGAAUUUCAUUUUUAUUCUCACUACUUUGGAUCAUUUAUCAAGACGCCAUUUGAAAGGUGGGUGGAUAUAGAACGGCGAUCUACAUUAUUUGUUUCCCCCUCCUCUUUUUUUUUGUUUUUCUACCCUUUUUUUCCCCCACCCUGAGAGAGACGGACUUCUCAAGUGCAUCAUUAUGUUGAACAAUAUGGAUUUGAACGCGAAAGAUUCUUUUUAUCCUCAAUUUGAGAAUUGCAACAGUUCUUCCCUGGGAAUGGAAAACGGCGUGCGGAAAGAGAACAACCAGGAGGUGUUCGUCGAUGCAGAACGGGGGGUACCUGCCCAGUUUGGCCACGAAGGAACCCCUGCAACCCUAAAAACUGAAGCUUCCAACUCGGAGUACGCGUUCAACCACUGCGAGUGCCCAAAAGACGCAUACACCCCCUCCUCCUCCUCCUCUUCGCUCGCCUACUCCGGCAGCUUCUAUGUUGAGGCAUCUCAGGGAGCGCCCUGCAGCACCGAAACACUCCUCAACAUGAUCACCGAGAUCGUGGGCAUAUCCACGCUGCCGCUCUCGGAGGCGCAACAGAACGGCGGCUGCAGCCGGGGGACCUACCCCUCGCCCGGGCCCCAGGAGAGCAGCUCUGGCGGCUUCGGAGACUCCAAGCGGCAGCCGUACACCUGUCCUGGACCCGAUCCGGACCAAGCCCCGCAAGACAGCCAGGCCCACCAAGACCCGUCCACUUCCCAGUUCGGUUUUCAGAAGAAGCCGGAACCAAAGUCGGAGGCCGCUUCCUUCCCUGUUGUGGUCAAGAAUGAGUUUGAAAGCAGCUGCUACGAGUGGGGGAGCUUUAACAACAAGUCUGACUGUUUGGAGACCACUUUCCACACAGAGACGUUCCCCAUGUCCAACGAUUUCCCUCCGGAUCAGCAAAUGGACGUUAAGGACCUCUUGGAGACCUUCCCCACCAUCUGUCCCAACCCAGAGAUGGAGUUUAAAGUGGAGGGGGGGAUCAAGCAGGAGCCCUGCUUCUCUGACACCUGUUCCCAGAGUUUCUCCAGCUCCCUUUACAACAAUUACCUUCCACCACCACCGACCAUGGGCCUGAAACCCUUCCCAGAAGCCCCACAGCCCUCAAACCAGUGCGACCCUCUCUACACGUCACCAGCCUUACCCAGCACCAUAGACUCCAUCCUGUACUCGUCCCUGCUGCCGGACUCCUUCCCGCAAACCUACACCAACCGCACGGCGAAGCCCCCGGGCAGCAGGGCGAGGAAGAGCCCCGCCGCCUCCUCCCACGGCCCGGCCAAGGAGAAGCCCUUCACCUGCCCCAUGGAGAGCUGCGACCGACGCUUCUCCCGCUCCGACGAGCUCAACCGGCACAUCCGCAUCCACACGGGCCACAAGCCCUUCCAGUGCCGCAUCUGCCUGCGCAGCUUCAGCCGGAGCGACCACCUCACCACCCACACCAGGACUCACACCGGGGAGAAACCCUUUUCCUGCGACGUGUGCGGCAAGCGGUUCGCCCGCAGCGACGAGAGGAAGCGGCACGGACGCGUUCACCUGAAGCAGAAGGAGAAAAUGGAGAUAAAGCCGCAGGUGACCGCCGGGGCAUGGCCGUUCAGUCUUCCUGAGGGGAUAUGAAAGUUGCGCCUCUUUUCUAUUGUUUUUUUUUUCCCCCGGCGGAAAUAAAAGUAUUGAAAGAUGAAAUCAGACAGAGUUGGUUUUGCUUGGCAAAUCAGAGUCUGUAACCUCAGAGGUUGUUGUUAUUUUUUUUUUCUUCAGAGGAGCAGAGAGAAGGAAAAGAGCCUUACAUUGCGUUGCUGCUGACUUUCUGCAGCCACGCCAAAGCUGCACAGGUCGGCCAGCAGAUCAACAGAGACUUGUUGCUUUAACUUUGAGAUGUGCCAAAGCCUCUGUGCUCUUCACUGCAUGAGCGGCCUGUUUCAGCACUUCUUCAAUCUGGACAGCUCCAGCCUCCAUUUGCCUCUGAGCCAUGGGUGGAUUGCAUUUACAGAUUAGAAAUGAUGACUAUUUCCAUUUACAGAUUCCUUAGUUUCUGCUUUUAGCAUUCGUAGAGCAAUGAUUUUAACCUAUGUUUUCUUCAACAACAAAAAGAAAAAAAAGAAAAACAAUGUGCAUGUUUGUGUCAAUCUUUUUCUUUCCCUUGACUGGAAUAUCAGCCACUUUCAGCCUCUCACUUAUCGCAGUGAAGUGAAGGUUUUCUUUUGACAUGAAUGUAUGGUUUUGAUCAUGAAGCUGUUCAUCUUUGAUCAGUUUAGUGUUUUUAUCUUAUUCUUAUCAUUUUACUGUUAAUGUUUUUUUUGUCACUGGUCUUUGUGUUGUGUUACAAUUGUUUGGAUUAUUACAGUUGUGGAAGAUAUAUCAUAAAUGGGAAAUAAAUAUAUUUGUAUCACUGUACCUCUUUGUAUUUUUAUAGAUUAAGUGUAUAUUUGACAAUUAAUCCUAAAGUGAAAUGUAUUCUCAAUCAUAAAUAAUGUCUUGACUUUUUUUUUUUUUGAGGGCUAUUAUUUAGUAACACUAUUUUAAAUGUUACAAUUUGAUAUGAAACAACCCUUUUUGCGCGUCAUUCCUUUAUUGGUAAGAUAGAGAGCGAGAGAGAGCGAGAGAGAGAGAGUUGUCUUAAUGAAUUGUUGAUCUUGAUUUAAAAUGGGAAUAUGUACUUCAGUGAAUUAGACUCUUUUACAGUUUGUACAGAAUUACGUUCAGCCAAGCUAGAAGUUCCUAGCAAACCACAUAAACAUUGCUUUUGAGUAAUCAGGUAGCACACAUUGCUGCGAGUCUCUUUAGACUGUAGAUUAAAAGGUUUUUGACUUCUGGUAUCUUUUGCUGAAGGUACUGUUUUGCUGAAAUGUUCACUUUAGCAAAAUGAAAUAUAAAAAAAAAACAAAUACGAUAAAAAUGUUGAAGCGUUUGGUGAAAUUGUCACCAACAGGGUAUUGCAAAAACAAAUAAUUUAACUCGCCUUAAGUUAUAUUAACUGUUCAAAUAAAGGUUUUGUACAUAGAUGAUUUCUACAAUAUAUUACAUUAAUAUUGAUGUUGUUAUUUUUAUUAAAAGUUUAUGAAUAAAAUAAACAUUUUCUGGAA